CUCGAGCAGGGCAAGAGACAGACGGUGGAACGUGGUUAGGGCAACAUUGCCCGGGCGUAUCAAAUUGGGAACUCGUAAUCAGAUACGAGUUGAGCCUCAGGAUGGUCGUCAUCAUUAGUCAAAUAUCUCAUGGUCCCUCUCCGAAUUGAUAUAAAGGGCAAUAUCUCAUGUUGCUGACGGAACUCAUUGAAAGCCCACUGUAUUGAUACUGACCAAGAUGCUAAUGCUCAGUUUAAUUAUCACUCUUCUGCUUUUAUCGGUCUUGUCAGAGUGCACUGCAGACACUACAACGUCCGUCCAGCACGGCAAUCACCUUGCUCUGCUGAAUCUUCCGUAUGGAACAUGGAGAGCGCACCACUACGACGAUGGUGCAGAUGUAUACACAUUCCGCAAUAUUCGCUAUGCUGCUCCCCCUACGGGCGACCUGCGUUGGUCCAAGCCAGCACCUCCUGAAUUCACUCAUGGCAUACAAAACGGUUCAUACGGCCAUAACUGCAUUCCUGCGCCUAUUCCAGGAAACUUUGAAAGCCCGAUAUUCGAGAAUAUCACCAAGAAUGCGGCCGAAGACUGUCUCUUCCUCGAUGUCUACGUACCAGGAAAGACUCUGAAAGGUCGAAACAGUUCCACGCCCGUAGUCGUCUGGAUACACGGCGGUGGAUAUGUCACUGGCUCCAAAGACCAGGCAAUUGGAAUGGGAUAUUACGACGGGACAAGCCUUGUUUCGCGCGCCGACAACGAUCUGAUUGUGGUUUCUAUCAACUACCGUCUCGGAGGGUUUGGCUUUCUCGCCGGACAGCCUCUACGCAGCGAGGGCGUAUUCAACGCCGGUCUUCACGACCAGCGAGCCGCGCUUGAAUGGGUCCAGUCGUACAUCCAUUUACUCGGCGGUGACCGCCAUAAUGUCUCGGCCUGGGGCCAGUCUGGUGGCUCGGGCUCUAUCAUGUACCACCUUAUUGCACAAGGGGGCACGCUGGAUCCGCUUUUUAGGAGGGCACUUCUACAAAGUCCUGGCUUCGGCGUGAAUGCGAACCCGCCUGUGUAUCAGAAGAGAUUUGAGUCUUUUGCUGCAGCUGUAGGAUGUCCACCAAAGGGAGAAGAUUCGCUCCGCUGUCUUCGCGCAGCUAAUAGUUCUGUUUUGGAGAAGGCAAAUGGGAAGAUUUUCGCCGGAGAAGCUUCCCCUAUUCCAGAUGGGAAGUAUAUCCGGAGUCCCGCCUUGGUGGAAUACGCGAGAGGCAAUUCCUGGAAAGACAUUGACUCUGUAAUCACCAGCCACGUCAUCGACGAAGCGAGUCUUUUCCUCCCUGAUACAAUCCCAGAUGGCUUCAUGGAGUCAUAUAUCUCCGGCAGUCUCCCACCAAACUCAACCGCUGGGACAAAGCGCAUGGUGGAGUACUACAAAGACCACUAUCCAAGCUACAGUAUGAAGGAGAAAGUGGCAGUCAUGUACUUUGAUCUCAUCUUUGGUUGCAACAUGCGUACUGUUCUAGAGGCAUACCCUAACGACUCCUGGUUGAUGCAGUACAGUUUCAUCGAUGGUGUUGUUAACGGGACUCAUGGUUCAGAUGCGCCUGCUACUUGGUAUAAUCCGGAGCUGCAAGGAUAUACGGAGCCGCUUUUUGAAAUGUUCCAGAGGUAUCUCACGAACCACGCGAGGACGGGGAGUCCGAAUGUACCGCAGCGUGGAGAGUAUCACCUUAAAUACUGGCCAAGGGUCAGUGGUCUGGGUGAUGAGGUGCCUGGAAAUGUGCUUAAUGUGACGAACCGAGGAUUUGAAAUUGUACAGGAUAGACAGAUGUCUAAGGAUGUUUGUGAGAUUUGGAAGGAGGUGCUUCUUGAUGCGGUGCAGUAG